CAUUUUGAGUACAGUCCAAGUAUGAGUGAAAGAGUAGCUGUUAUAACUGGGGCUAACACUGGUAUUGGUUUCUCCUUGGCCGAGAGACUUUUAACUGAUGAACGUAAUAUACAAAUUUGGUUGGCGUGCAGAAAUGUUCGUAAAGCGAACGAGGCGAAAGAUAUGUUACGACGUAAAUUUCCGGACUCUUUCGUUCGCAUCGUUCAACUGGACACGUCCAACAUAGGAUCAGUUUUAAGAGCGGCAGAAACUCUUAAGAGAGAAUUGAGACGCUUGGACUUAUUGUAUUUAAACGCCGGUAUAAUGCCAGUAACUGGUUUCGAUUUUCAAAGAUUUAUCUCCAAUAUAUUAUCAAAGAAUGCGUUUGAAAUCCUCUCUACGGGCGAAGCUUUAAUGAAACAAUCCGAUAACGUCACUAGUGACGGUUACCAGGAAACAUUUGCUACCAAUGUCUUUGGUCAUUUUGUUUUGGCGAGAAAACUGAAGGAACUAAUGGCUUGCUCUACAGGAGCAAAGAUUAUUUGGACGUCUUCGAGUAAUGCAAAUAAGCGACAUUUCGAUUUGGACGAUAUACAACACGCCCGCGGAAAAGAACCGUACAGUUCUUCCAAGUAUUUGAUAGAUCUCGUUUCCGUGGCAAUGAAUGCAGAAUUUUCGCAAAGCGGAAUUACGUCGAGCGUCGUUAAUCCCGGUUUAGUGCUCACCAAUAUGACAUUCUCCAUAUUACCAAUAUUUUUGUGGUACGCUGUUAUGCCCAUUCUAUUUAUGCUACAAAUAAAUGAAGGAGAUGCAAUUCAAGCUUACCGUUCAUUAAUUGAACUACAAGAACGUCAUGAAAAGACUGUAUUCUAA